AUGGAUGUUAAGGAUGGCGCCACUGCAAGGUUCUGGACUGAUAUGUGGUUUCCUAAAAGAAGACUUAUUGAGAUUGCUGGGGAACUUGGUACACAAAAGCUGGGCAUCAGUAGAGAUAUGAGGAUUUGUGAUGUCUUUAGAGAGGUUCAAUGGAGAUUCCGCAGAUGUCGUGAAAGACAUAUCCAAAGCUUGGUAACAGAGAUACAAACGUUUCAGUUAACGCUAACGGAUGGAAGGGAUGAAGUUUUAUGGAAGCGUGGUGCUAAUGAUUAUGGCACUAAGUUUAAUUCUUCUGAAACUUGGGAUCAAAUCAGGGUGCACAAGGAGACUGUACUUUGGAGCAAAAUUGUUUGGUUCCCUCAAGGUGUUCCUCGCUUUGCUUUCAUCACUUGGCUUGCGGUCAAGGAUAGGCUCGCCACUGGUCAUCGUUCUCGACAGUGGGGUCAACCGCAACAUUGCCUCUACUGUGGUGAACUAGACGAGACUAGAGACCAUAUUUUCUUUGCGUGUCCUUAUACUUUCACUCUUUGGCUGAAGAUGGUAGGGAAUUUGUUUGGGACUGAUCCGGAUCCAGACUGGGACAUCACUCUGUCUACAAUGCUGUCUAGAUCAUACGACCGCCUGACUUUCAUACUCCUCUAA